ACUGACUUUGGUUCGAUCCGACUGCAGUUUAGCAAGCAUAUUGCUAGAGACGGCGGGCGCCAAAGCGAAGAGAUCGGAGGACAGGGGAAAGUGCGACGCGGGUGGCCGGGCCCAUGGCGCUAGCCGUCGGGGGCUUCAGGAUCUCAAAGUCUCUAUUUGCAUCGGCGCUGUUGGUUCUCGAUGCCGUCCUGAUCGCUCUGAUCAUCGCCUACGUCCCUUAUACGAAGAUUGAUUGGGAUGCAUACAUGUCCCAGGUAGAUGGGUUCCUUGGAGGAGAGAGGGAUUACACCAAACUGAAGGGGGACACAGGCCCAUUGGUUUAUCCAGCUGGGUUUCUCUAUGUCUAUUCUGGCAUCAAAUUUCUGACUGGAGGAGAAGUCUUUCCUGCGCAGAUCUUGUUUGGUGUUCUUUAUAUAAUAAAUCUGGCGGUUAUUUUCUUCAUCUAUAUAAAAUCAGAUGUGCUUCCAUGGUGGGCUUUCAGUCUCCUUUGUUUGUCAAAGAGGGUGCAUUCCAUUUUUGUUCUUCGUCUGUUUAAUGACUGUUUUGCAAUGACUUUGCUUCAUGCUUCUCUAGCUUUGGUUCUAUGUCAAAAAUGGCAUAUGGCUUUGAUUAUUUACAGUGGAGCUGUGGCAAUUAAGAUGAAUGUUCUUCUUUAUGCACCUCCCCUGUUUCUGCUCAUGUUGAAGGCUUUUGAUAUUAAGGGCGUCUUUUCUACCUUGUUUGGUGCUGCACUAGUGCAGAUCAUAUUGGGCUUACCGUUCUUGCUGACAUAUCCAGUUGAGUACGUAUCAAGAGCCUUUAACCUUGGACGUGUCUUCAUUCAUUUCUGGUCUGUUAAUUUCAAGUUCGUUCCAGAACAGAUAUUCGUAUCAAAGGAGUUUUCCAUUGCUCUGUUGGUUCUUCAUCUCAUGUUGCUUGCAACUUUUGCACAGUUUAGGUGGUCCAAGAGCGAAGGGCUUUUUAUUCUCUUGAAGGCCAAAGUCAGUGAUGCCUUAUCAUUAUCUAUUCGACGAUUUCAUUCCUAUGAACCAAGAACCAAAACUCUUAACAAAUCAUAUGUUGCUUCUGUUAUGUUUACGGGGAACUUCAUUGGCAUAGUAUGUGCUCGGUCCCUUCAUUACCAGUUCUACUCAUGGUACUUCUACUCCUUGCCCUUCCUUUUGUGGAUAUCGCCUUUCCCUACACCUCUAAGACUCAUUUUGUUUGCUGGAGUGGAGCUUUGCUGGAACAUAUACCCUUCAAAUGUCUAUUCUUCAAGUUUAUUGCUGUGUGUACACUUGUUCAUACUCCUGGGUCUUUGGAUUGCCCCUGUCGAAUGCGAAUAUGCUACUCAAAAACCUUCAGAGAAAAAAGAAGAAUGAUCAUUCUUCUUUUUCCCCCUUUUAAAUUACAUCUGAACACAAACUGAGUGGAAUGCAACAUAUUUCUGAAUGACUUUGUUUCCUUUGUCCAGCUUUAACCAGAAAGGAGGGGCAGAAGGCUCUCAAUCAAUGAUGCUACUAGACAUCAUCAAUAUCCACCACCUCAAUUAUUAUUAUUAUUAUUUCCUUUAAUUUUUUUUAUCAUUAAUUAUGAUUAUUUGUGGCAGUGGUGUCUCUUGCAGAAAUCAUGGCCUUUCCCUUUCAUGGAAUUCAAUUGAAUCACACACAGCCAUUCAACAGGUGGCCAUUGGGCAAUUUGUCCCAACUUCGAAGGCAAAGGGCAAAGACAGAAUUAGGCAAAGGAGUUGAUUGAUUGAAUUACUCAAAUUGAGUUUGCCAAAGAUAUUAAAGGUGAUUGAAUGGAGUAGGUUGGCUUGCCAUGGUGAA